AUUAUGUUAAUCUUGGGAUCAUCCCAUCAAAAAUGGCGAGUAUAAGAGGGGGCCUGAACUUCGUUCCCUCUCCGCAUCGUGGAAGGAAGAAGGCAAGCUGCUUAAUUGGGCGAUUUCACACAACGCCAUGGAGGCCAGGCUAGGCGGCUCUCUGUUGGUGCCUAGUGUUCAGGAGCUCGCAAAGCAGCCACUCAGCACUGUUCCAUUCCGCUAUGUUCGGCCUGAUCAAGACCCUCCAUUCAUAUCCGAUGCCCCUUCUUUAUCACAAGCCCCGGUCAUCAAUUUCCAGAGCUUGCUUUCUCCAGAAAUGGCGGAUUCCGAGCUGCAGAAGCUGCACAACGCUUGCAAAGAUUGGGGUUUCUUUCAGUUGAUUGGUCAUGGAGUAAGCUCUGUGAUGGUGGAGAAAGUGAAGUUAGAGUUACAAGAAUUCUUCAAGCUGCCAAUGGAAGAGAAGAAGAGAUUUUGGCAAGAACCAGGGCACGUGGAAGGAUUUGGGCAAGCAUUCGUUGUGUCCGAGGAGCAGAAGCUUGAUUGGGCAGACAUGUUUUACAUGAUCACACUCCCAACUCACAUAAGAAAGCCCCAUCUAUUUCCGAACCUGCCUCUUCCACUCAGAAACACCAUCGAAGCAUACACAGAGGAAUUAAGAAAUCUUGGCAUGAAGCUCUUCAGCCUCAUGGCAAAAGCACUAAGAAUGAAUGAAGACGACGUGAUGAGGCUAUUUGAGGGUGGGCUGCAAUCAAUAAGAAUCAGCCAUUAUCCGCCAUGUCCAGAACCAGAAAAAGUUAUUGGGCUGAGCCCCCACUCUGAUGCUAGUGGCAUUACCAUCCUUCUCCAAGCUACUGAUGUGGAUGGGUUACAGAUAAAGAAAGAUGGCAAAUGGGUACCCAUCAAACCACAGCCUGAUGCUUUUAUUGUCAACAUUGGAGACAGCUUAGAGAUCUUAACCAAUGGAAACUAUCGAAGUAUUGAGCAUCGAGCAAUUGUCAACUCAGAGAAAGAGAGGCUUUCCAUAGCCACUUUUAUUAGUCCAAGACUUGAUGGAGAAUUAGGGCCUGCGCCUAGCCUUAUCACCCCUCAAACUCCAGCAUUGUUCAAAAGAAUAACAGUACUAGACUAUGCCAAGGGAUAUGUGUCGCGCGAACUUCGUGGGAAGUCAUAUAUUGAUCUGAUGAGGAUUCAAAGGAACAACUGACAAAGUUCAAGUUUAUGAAUAUUAGUUCCUGUCUUAUUAUGAUACCACAAUUAUGAUUUGAAAAGAUAUCAAUUCAAGUGUAAUGUUAUGUU